AUGCAACCCUACGAGGAUCGCCCAGCCAACUCGCUGAACCAAGACUAUACUUACCUGUACUCAGGAGAGUCGGGGCCAACUGCCAAGGCACUCGAUGCGGCUGAGACUCCGUCUGGUGCGUUCUUCUACUUCCUGCAGCCGGACCUCUGGGAAGAUAUCGCUUCCGAGUCCAACGAUUACUUCAAGGAGAACAUGGAUGAGAGGGUGGAGUGUCAACACACCAAGCAAGUCGCUCGACAGCUGAAACACCCUGAGUUCAAGCCAAAGACGAAAGAGCAGUUACGAAGUGAAUUGGAAAACUACCCGGGUAUUACACCACGCGAAUUGUGUGUUUUUAUUGGGCUUCUUAUUGCAAGAUCGAUCGUGCCUAACAAGGAGAAGCUGGCGCACCAUUGGCGGACGACGGGUGAAGGUGCGAUACCUCGCGGAUGUUUUGGUCAGUUCAUGGUUCGCGAUAGAUUCAUGCAUCUGUCGCGAAGCCUUCACUUCAGUAGCAACAGCAACGUACGUGCAUCCGGUAGACGAUGGGCGUGCCUCGAGCGCGCCCAUGUUUUUUUUUGGCGCGUAAGAUAUCUUAUCCUGUAUCCUACCGAUUAA